AUGGCUGCAGAAAUCGGAGCAGGAUUUCCAGGCCUCGCCCGCCUUUUGGACAGCGACAAGGAUAAGUUUUUGAUGGUGUUCAACCGCUUUGACCGCCUAGCAGUGCAAAACCUAGUGUAUCUGCAAAGCGAGCUCUAUCAACUUCAAACUGAGCUGGACGCUAUGGACAACGAAGACUUGAGGUGCUCUCCGUACGAGUCUGAUUUUGUUUCCAAGGAGUUGGCCAUAAAGAGUUGGAAAAACUUGAGAGAAAAAGAUGUAAAAGCGAUAGAAGGAGUUCCGGAGACCAUAGAGCAGCGGAGAAUGAAACUGAUUCGAGAGAUCAGAGCGACUUUGAAAGAAUACCGAGAAGCAAUGCUGCAACAGGUGCAAAUCAACAAUCUAGACAACCCCUCCGACAAAACGCACUUCGCAUUAACCGAAGAGAUCGAAACGCACAAGGCAACGCUAGGAUUUCCCGAUGAUGCACAGGCAGUGUACGCGAACAUUGAUGAACUGCUGUCGCUCAGGAGCCCUGUUUUCCAAGACAGUCUGACUUGCUGGGUCGAUACGCACUUAGAAGAGAGAUUGUUCAAGCACGAACCAAGCAAAGGGGUCGUUUCCUACUACCAGCAUGCGCAACUGAGCAACACAGCCAAUUCCAUCUAUGUGGGAAUCGCUCUUGCUUGCAUGCUGCUUCCAGUCUUUGCACUCUAUGCCGUUGGGAAGUAUGCCUCCGAGAGCUAUGCCGGGUGGAUUGAACUGGGCCUAAUUUCAGCCUGUAUCGUGUUUUCCCUCAUAUUCCUCAGCAAAGCGGCCAAUCUGGGGCGUUCGGAGAUAUUUGCCUCUGCUGCCGGGUAA